AGUUGACAGGGUCCUACAUGGAUCUUGUAGUUCCCAGAGAGUCAAUCAGUCAGUCAAGUGGGUAGGUCUACGUGGUGAGGAGUGGGACAGUCCUUGUCGUGCACCUGACACCAUGGAUGGCUACCCUAUGUACGACUUGCUCGUGGGGUUCUCCCUCUGGGGGACCCUUUGGGGUCUCCUCUUUCCUCUAGGAUUCUGGAACACCAUGACGUGUAGGGUUGAGACGAGGGGUGGUACUGGGACCACUCCUUACACAAAGGAACAGGAGGAGGAGGCCGCAAAGAUUUUGGCUAAGCAGAAGGCCAGGAAGGAGAAGAGGGAAGUUGUGAAGCAGGCAAAAAAGUUGGCCUUACAGGAGCUGGAAAGAUUGAAGAGGGAAGAAGAGGCGAAGUUGAAGGCGGUGGAAGAAGAAGAAGAAGAAGAAGAAAAAGUUGGAAGAGGACGUUCCCUUAAUAAGGAAGCCUUUGACAAGCUCCAGGCUAUCCACUCGCGCCAACGGAAGAGUGUCAGAGCACUCAAGGGAGUAAUGGAUGAAUUGGUUGUUGUCCCUGAGCAUGGGGUCACUGAGACCCAACUGGUCAACCUAUUCUAUUGUGCCAUGCCCGAGCCGUUGCGCAGGCACUUCUUCGAGAAGAGCAAGGAGCAGGCCAUGACCUACGAUACCUUGAGUAGGGAAGUGGUAGUUUUUGAGGCGCAAUCAAUGCCAGUUUCCACUUUCUGGCAUAAGGACCUUGACAAGGGCAAAAAGUGGAAGGGCCAUACCAUCUCUGGCCAAGUCAAGGCCAAGGAUCACCUGAUCUUGACUCUAGAUGAGGGUGGUAUGGAAGAGGUCCCAUACAAUCAGAAAGAGUGGGGCCUCGAGGAGGAGGACAAUAGUGAGCAUGAGGGCCAGCUGAGGCAGGUCUUGGAGAAGCUGAGAGAAGCUAACUUCAAGAUCAACGCGAAGAAGUGCGAGUGGGCCAAGACACAAGUCUUGUACUUGGGCCACGUCUUAGAUGGAGAUGGCAUAAAACCUGAGGACAGUAAGAUAGCAGCGAUCAGAGAUUGGCCAACGCCCCGCACAUUGACAAAAUUGCGGUCGUUCCUAGGCCUAGCCAACUACUAUAGAAAGUUCGUGAGGAACUUUUCCACCAUCGUUGCACCCCUUCGCAGGUUGUUAAAGAAAGAAGCAAUUUGGGGAUGGGAUAGAGACUGUACGCCGGCCUUGAAGAAGUCAAAGAGGGCCUUGAUAGAGUAUCCAGUCCUCAAGGUAGCCGAUCCGUCCUUACCUUUUGUCAUCACCACUAACGUAAGUCGGUAUGGUAUAGGUGCUGUUUUACAGCAAGAUGAUGGCAAUGGGUAUAGACCCGUAGAGUUCAUGUCCGCUAGGAUGCCUUCAGAGAAGGUAGCGACAUCUACCUACGAGAGGGAACUCUACGCUCUCAGGCAAGCACUGGAUCACUGGAAGCACUACUUGCUUGGGAGGCACUUCAAGGUGUAUUCAGACCACGAGACGUUGAGGUGGUUGAAGAUGCAGGCCAAGAUGACACCAAAGCUGACUAGGUGGGCCGCAGAAACAGACCAAUUUGACUUCGAGCUCAAGCCAGUCAAAGGGGAGUAAUGUAGUUGUGAACGCUUUAAGUA